UCUGAUUUCACUUCUAAACACAAUAAGGAAUUCUUUAUAAUCUAUCUAGAAGACAAUGAAUUUGACUGUUCAUUACAUAGAAGACUACUGCUUUGAUGAUAUCUUAUGUUAUAAGGUACCUCGGACAACCACUUCUAGGUUUGUUAUGUAUUCUAUGUUUUUAAUUAUUGUUUCAAUGACAGUAGUAGGAAAUCUGUGUGUAGUCAUCUCCAUCUCACACUUUAAACAGCUUCAUUCACCAAAUAAUCUUCUUGUUCUUUCUUUGGCUGUUGCAGAUCUUUUGCUCGGUGUGUUUGUUUUACCUUUUAGCAUUAUGACAACUAUUGAAACCUGCUGGUAUCUGGGGACUGUGUUCUGUAAGGUACAUACAACCAUAGAUGUGAUGCUCUGUACAGUUUCAAUUUUUCAUUUAGGAUUUAUAGCGAUUGAUCGUUAUUAUGCAGUGUGUGAUCCGCUGUCCUACCCAAAUAAAAUCACUGUUAAGACAGCAGCGAUUUUUAUAUGUAUUGGUUGGAUAACUGCAUUUAUUUACAGUUUUGGACUAGUAUACAAUAAUGUUGCUAGCAAAGGAUAUGAAGAUCUACUUGCUCAAUUGUCAUGCAAUGGUAGUAAGUGUAUGCUUCUUUAUAAUGAAUUAUGGUCCUUGGUAAAUGCUUGCACAUUUAUAGUACCCUGUUUUGCAAUGAUUGCUACAUAUAGACAAAUUUUCAAAGUGGCACAUAGACAAGCCAAAAUAAUAAGCAGUAUGGAAAAUAAAGUAAACCCUUUUGAAACAAGAAAAAAUAGACUUGUACAAAGCAGAGAAUGGAAAGCUGCAAAAACAUUAGCAUUAGUAAUGGGGGUGUUUGUUCUCUGUUGGUUACCUUACUUCAUUGUACGUUUAAUCGAUGUGUUUAUUAAUUUCUCCACAUCUGACAUAUUUGUUAACUUUGUUAUUUGGCUGGGUUAUAUGAACUCUACUUUUAAUCCACUUAUAUAUGCCUUUUUUUACCCUUGGUUUCGCAAAGCACUAAAACUUAUAAUUUCAUGUAAAAUACUUGACUCAAGCUCUUCAACGAUAAUGCUGUAUACUGAGUAGUUUGGAUGAUAUUGCUAAAAGAUAAAUAUAUUAUUGUAAAAAAAAAAGAAAAAUAAAGUAUUCUUAACAAAUGGAAGUUAUUUCUUAUGUGUUCUUUGCUGGUAAAGGAUUAUUGUAAAUUUGCUGUAUUUACAUCAAAGUUUUUACAGAAGCUCACUAAAUAAAUUUAAUAUGGCAAACAGCAAACCUGUCAUGAAUACACAUGAGAAUGACUAAAACAAAAAAAAAAAA